GGCUACCCGGCGCAGCUGCCGCGGGCUCCCGCAGUUCCCGCAGCUCCCGCGGGACGCUCAGCCCUGGCCGGGGUCCCGACUUACUUUGGCGAUCCAGAUCUUGCUGCUGUCCCGGCUCCUGACUCCCAAAUUCCAGCGAACUUUUGACCUCCUGACAUUUGACCCUGACACGACUCCAGAAUUCUAAAUUCCUGCACUGCUGAAUCUGAGGUCUUUCCUGAUUUCUGACCCGGUUUCUGAAGCUCACCUUGACUUUCUUACUCCUGGGCCAGUUCUUGCUACAGCUACCCCACCAUGGAUUUCUUGAUGAGUGGCCUGGCAGGCUGUGGAGCCUGUUUGUUCACCAACCCCCUGGAGGUGGUGAAGACUAGGAUGCAGUUGCAGGGAGAACUGCAGGUCCCCGGCACCUACCAGAGGCACUACCGAAACGUCUUCCAUGCCUUCAUCACCAUCGGCAAGGUGGACGGCCUGGCUGCCCUGCAGAAGGGCCUGGGUCCUGCCCUCCUAUAUCAGUUCCUGAUGAAUGGCAUCCGGCUGGGCACCUAUGGGCUGGCUGAGGCUGGGGGCUACCUGCAUACAGCUGAAGGCACCCUCAGUCCUGUCCGAAGCGCAGCAGCUGGGGCCAUGGCUGGGGUCAUGGGAGCCUACUUGGGGAGCCCUAUCUACAUGGUGAAGACACACCUACAAGCACAGGCAGCCUCAGAAAUUGCUGUAGGGCACCAGCAUAAGCAUCAGGGCAUGUUUCAGGCGCUAACCAAGAUUGGCCAGAAACAUGGUCUGAUGGGGUUGUGGCGUGGGGCCAUGGGUGGCCUGCCCCGAGUUGUCAUCGGUUCCUCCACUCAGCUGUGCACCUUCUCAUCUACCAAGGACCUCAUGACCCAGUGGGAGAUAUUUCCUCCCCAGAGCUGGAAGGUGGCUCUGGUAGCCGCCAUGGUGAGUGGCAUUGUCGUGGUCCUGGCCAUGACACCCUUUGAUGUGGCCAGCACAAGGCUCUACAACCAGCCCACAGAUACUCAGGGCAAGGGCCUCAUGUACCGGGGGAUACUGGAUGCUCUGCUGCAGACAGCUCGGACAGAAGGCAUUUAUGGAAUGUACAAGGGUAUAGGAGCCUCCUACUUCCGCCUCGGCCCUCAUACCAUCCUCUCCCUCUUCUUCUGGGACCAGCUUCGUAGCCUCUACUACACGUACACCAAAUAACAGCCACUCUUCCACACUCCAUCAAAUCGGCACUCCUUGGACACUCCUGCCUUCAUUACUAUGUCCUGGUGACUUCUGACCAGGUGACCUUUCAUCCAUCAGAGGGGGACAGCCAAUCCCACUCCCUGUCUGUUUUCUCAGGGUUGAAUCACUACAAGAGACAGUUUCCCUCCCUUCCAUGGGUGUCACUUUAAACCUUCUCUACCCGUCCCCCUGUACAUUUCACUCCUUUCCCUCAGGGCUGACCCAGUCACUCCAAGUGUAUUUCCUCCCUUUCUCCACUGCCAGCCUUGGGUCCCUUCUGAUUAAACGCACAACUUUAAACUCCCCUUCCAAGACCAAAGGGAACUAGGGGGACCCGGGUGUCCUGUUAGAUUCAAAAGCACAGAGAUUAUAUUGGUUAU